CAGGUGCAAAGAGAAGAUGCCUCGCGCAUUGUCCGGUCGUGCUUUUCUGCGUGCACAGCUGGACUUUUGCGAUCGUCAAAUCCUGUGUACUCCGCUGAAUUUCACGACACAAGGCUGGUCAACGGGUUAUCGACACGCACGGAGCAGCCGCCGUGCGUCAGCGCUAGCGCCGUCCUUCUCCCGCUUGCUUCACAGGCUGCCGGGAGGCUGUGCGCGUGCCGCUGGCCGAAAGGCUUGGCGCGUGCAUCUGCCGUGGCGCUAAGCUUUCAAGCAAGUCCAGGAAAUUAAUGACGCGCGCGCAUGUCAAAAUCGGAACCGACCGGAGACUCCGCCGCCCUACAGAAGGCGCCCGGCGCCAUGCCAUCGCCCGGCCCGCUGCGCCGCCCGGCCUCGGCGCACGAGCUCCCUCGCCCCGGUUUUGCGGCAGCGUGGUAAGUAUGGAGGAAGAACCCGGCUGCGCCGCAUCGCUGGACGGAUUCCUGCCAAGCAGCGCCAAGAGUGGUCGCUCGUAGGAUCAGUUUUAUUUUCGGCGGGCGGCUGCAACGCCUUCGCCCUGUGGCCAGCGCUGGUUGUUUUCUACGCGGCCUUCCGCCGCGCCCGGCCCGACAUGCAGCGAUCGGGGCGCCGCUCUGCAGUGUUUGGCGCAGCUGCCCCACCAGCUCCUAGUCGGCUAGAGGGCCGCGGUAGUACCGCUGCGGGCCCUGCUUGUCUGGCCAUCGAGUUUUGCCUUCGUGCUGAAAGAACCAGAGCCACGGUGCCUCUGUUUCGUUGCGCAGCUGGUUGUCCUCCAUGUUUACGCGUAU